AUGUUUCCUCCAGAGUCCAGUCCACCCUCGCGGACGCUCCGGCUGCUCGCCGCCGCCGUCGCUGUGAUACUGCUGACAUUGCUUCCCGUGACCGCCGUGGAACCAGAGACUUGUUUCUCCAGACAGCACCAGAGCGCCAGAGUCAACGUCAGACUGGCCCUGAACAGACCGGGGGCGCUGAUGGAGGGACGGGCGGUCCGGUCUGAGAGGGACUGUGUCCUCGCCUGCUGCUCAGAGGAAGUCAAACCAGGAGCCAAAUGCAACAUGGCCGUCUUCACCGCCAACAGACGCAGCAGCGAGGACAACUGCCUCCUGUUCCACUGUCCCACGGAGCAGGACUGUCCUCUGAUGAAGGCUCCGGACGGCACCAACACCUACGACAUCUACAAAGGGUUGAUUCAUCCAACCACAGUGAGACCUGUCACCACGACAACCACAAAAGAAACCAUCUCCACCACCACUCUGGCACCAACCACACCUGCAACCACCACUACAACCACAACCACCACACAGACGAGUUUGGUCAUCGUCCCCAAAGGCGUCCUCCAGUCCGACCACGCCCUCCAGAACUCGAGUGUCGGCCGGGGGAAGGCGGUAGCCGCUCGGGGGGCGGUGAAGAGCGGCGUGGUGGCGUUCAUGGUGCUGGGGCUCGCCGUGCUCACGCUGGCCCUGGCCGUGGGCGGACGUAAGGCGAUGGAGUCCUUCGACAGACGCCAUUACACGAGACUGGAGCUGAACGACCUGCACUACGAGGUGUGA